CCCCGCCCGCCUCAUUCCUUCUCGCCUCCCCUUUCUCUGCAUCUCCUUCCUCCUCCUCUGCGGCCGCAGGAGGGGGCUUAAACCCUUCCGCCAUCGGCUGCCAUUCGCGCAGUCGCCGCCGGGCCGGAGGGUGGGGGUGGGAGCUUGAGAGCGAGGCAGGGCAGGGAAGCCAAUGGCCCCCAAGGCCGGCCGUGGCAAGGGCAGGGGCGGUGGCAGAGGCGACAAGAGGAAGAAGGAAGAGAAAGUUGUGCCCAGCGUGGUAGACGUCACGGUCGUCACCCCCUACGAAUCCCAGGUGACACUCAAGGGGAUGUCCACGGACCGUGUGCUGGACGUGCGGAAGCUGCUGGGGUCCAACGUGGAGACGUGUCACCUGACAAACUAUUCACUCUCCCAUGUGGCGCGCGGGCAGCGGCUGGAGGACGGCGUGGAAAUCGUGGCGCUCAAGCCCUGCACGCUCCGGAUCGUGGAAGAGGAGUACGCGACGGAGGAGCAGGCGGUGGCGCACGUCCGCCGUCUGCUGGACAUCGUCGCCUGCACCACCGCGUUCGCCAAGCCCCGGGACGGCGCCGCCAAGCACAAGUCGUCCAGGCACGGGCGCCCCGCGACGCCGCCCUCCCCGCCCGCGCCCGCGCCCGCCUCGACUGGGGCCAAUGGCGGCGGCAGCACGGUCGAGGGCGCGCCGCCGAUAUCGGAGGCGCACGACAUGGCGGCCAUCCGCCCGCCGCCGAAGCUGGGGGAGUUCUACGACUUCUUCUCCUUCGCCCACCUCACCCCGCCCGUCCACUUUAUCAGGAGGAAGGAGGCGAAUGGCGCUUCUCAGGAAGGCGAUUACUUCGAAAUCGAGGUGAAGGUUUGCAACGGGAAGCUUCUGCAUGUAGUUGCUUCAGUAAAGGGUUUCUAUUUCGCAGGGAAGCCGCACAACGUAAGCCACUCCCUGGUGGACCUACUGCAGCAGCUCAGCAAUGCGUUUGCAAAUGCAUAUGAAGCAUUAAUGAAAGCUUUUGUGGAUCACAACAAGUUUGGGAAUUUGCCGUAUGGAUUCCGUGCAAACACAUGGCUUAUUCCUCCAAUAUAUGUUGACCCUGCUACAAAGUGUCCAGCACUGCCAGUCGAGGAUGAGAAUUGGGGUGGUAAUGGGGGUGGCACUGGACGCGACGGAAAAUUUGACCGCAGACGAUGGUCAAAAGACUUUUCUGUUUUGGCAAGAAUGCCAUGCAAAACUGAGGAAGAGCGGGUGAUCCGGGACCGGAAAGCUUUUCUUUUACACAAUCUGUUUGUAGAUACAGCAAUUUUUAGAGCUGCAUCAACAAUAAGGCGACUCGUUAAUCAGUCUAUGAACUCAACUGGUGCGCAUAGUAAUAUGCAUGGUUCAAACACAUUUGAGGAACGUGUUGGGGACAUGCAUAUAACUGUGAAGAAGGAUGGGGCUGAUGCUAGUCUGAAGCUGGAGGACAAGGUUGAUGGUGUUGCCUUCUGUCCAACGGGUGCUAUGGAUAUCACACAGAGAAAUAUUCUGAAAGGUUUGACUUCUGAUGAAAGUGUUGUUGUUAAGGAUUCUUCAAUGCUAGGAGUGGUGAUUGUCAAGCAUUGUGGAUAUACAGCAACUGUGAAGGUUUCUGAACGCGCAAAGGAUAGUAAUGAUGUUAAACAAACCUAUGAUACCUCUGAUAAUCUUGAUGGAGUGCUGAACAUUGAUGUGCAUGACCAUCCGGAUGGAGGUUCAAAUGCCUUGAAUGUUAACAGUCUAAGAAUACCGCUCCCGAGAAUUAUCAAUCCAGAAACAGCUGUUGGUAACCAGUAUCCGAGCCCAAGAUCUCAUGCUAGUAAUCCUGCACGGAAACUGGCACGCACAGUACUUGAGGACAGCUUGAGAAAGAUGGAUAGCAUGCCUAACAAAAAUCCUAGAAUUAUCAGAUGGGAACUUGGGUCCUCCUGGCUGCAGCACUUGCAGAAAAAGGAUUCUCCAACGUCUGAUAAUGGUAAGGGAAACAAAAUAAAGGCUGACAAAGAACCAGCUGUCAAAGGUCUUGGAAAGCAUUUUGAACAAUUAAGGAAAAUAAAAAAGAAAGAAUGCAGCAUUGAAGGUUCUGGUUCUGAGAAGGAAGAACCUAACAGUAAUUGCUCACCAAUGAAUGGUAUUCUAGAAUCAGAUAAGAUAGCUGUUGAUGAAACGAUUAAGGGGGCUGAUAUAAGCAAGCUAAUGUCAGAGGAUGCUUUCUUUCGGUUGAAGAGUUUGGGAGCUGGCCUUCAUGAAAAGUCCCUUGAAGAACUCACAGAGAUGGCCCACAAUUUCUAUGAUGAUACUGCACUCCCAAAGCUGGUGUCUGAUUUUGCAUCCCUUGAACUUUCUCCGGUGGAUGGAAGAACCAUGACAGAUUUCAUGCAUACAAGGGGACUUAACAUGUCCUCCUUGGGUCGUGUGGUAGAGCUAGCAGAGAAGCUCCCACAUAUCCAGUCUAUAUGCAUUCAUGAAAUGGUCAUUAGGUCGUUUAAGCACAUCGUCAGAGCUGUUAUUGCUGCUGUUGAUGACAUGCAAAACUUGUCUGCAGCUAUAGCUGAGACUCUAAACAUAUUACUAGGAUCCCCCAGACUUGAAAAUGGUGCUGAUACAGAUGCACAUAUCGAGCAUAAUUUGCGAUUGAAAUGGGUAGAGAGCUUCCUUUCAAAAAGAUUCAGCUGGAAACUGAAAGAUGAAUUUGCACACCUGCGAAAAUUUAUCAUUCUGAGAGGGCUUUGCAGCAAGGUUGGACUAGAGUUGGUUGCAAAAGAUUAUAAUAUGAAUAGCCCUAACCCAUUCGACAAGUAUGACAUUAUCAGCAUUGUUCCUGUAUGCAAGCAUGUGGUCUACUCCUCAAUUGAUGGUCGAAACUUGCUGGAAUCAUCGAAGGUGGCAUUGGAUAAAGGAAAACUAGACGAUGCUGUCAGCUAUGGAACAAAGGCCUUGUCCAAAAUUAUAGCUGUUUGUGGUCCAUACCAUCGACUGACUGCUAAUGCAUACAGCCUUCUUGCUGUCGUGCUUUAUCAUACUGGAGAUUUUAAUCAGGCAACUAUAUAUCAGCAAAAGGCACUUGAUAUCAAUGAAAGGGAACUUGGUCUUGAUCAUCCAGAAACUAUGAAGAGUUAUGGUGAUUUAUCUGUCUUCUACUACCGACUGCAACACAUUGAAAUGGCUCUAAAGUAUGUCAACCGUGCACUAUAUCUGCUCCAGUUUUCGUGUGGGCUUUCACACCCAAAUUCAGCUGCCACCUACAUAAAUGUGGCUAUGAUGGAAGAAGGCAUGGGAAAUGUCCAUGUUGCUCUUCGGUACUUGCAUGAAGCCCUGAAGUGCAACAAGAGAUUGCUAGGAGCUGAUCACAUCCAGACUGCUGCAAGCUACCAUGCCAUAGCCAUAGCCCUUUCGAUGAUGGACGCAUACUCCUUAAGUGUGCAACAUGAACAAACCACCUUGCAAAUCCUUCAGGAGAAACUAGGGCAAGAUGACCUCCGAACUCAGGUUCUUUUUCUCACAAUGUGCAACAAUAGAGGCCAUAUAUUCUGGUGUUCUCUUAAAUUAGCUCAUUAUUUGUUGUUGCAGGAUGCUGCUGCAUGGCUAGAGUAUUUCGAGUCAAAAGCAUUAGAACAACAAGAGGCCGCUCGAAGAGGAAUGCCAAAACCUGAUUCAUCUAUUGCAAGUAAAGGACAUCUUAGCGUAUCAGAUCUUCUUGACUUCAUAAGUCCAGACCAAGAAAGAAAACAGAGGGAUAUGCAAAGGAAGUGCAGGCGUGCAAAGAAUAAUAUCAGAGCCCAACAUGGUGAAUCAGUUGAAGAAAAGGAGAACUUCCAGCAUGAUUCAGUAUCUCCUCUUGAAGCAACCAAAGAUGUAUUUCAAGAACAAAAACUGGAUGCGCAUCCUCCUGUUGUAUUAGAAGAAAAUUACGCUGCCCAUGAUGAGCAGAAGCAAUCUGAUGUUUUAUCACCUGAAGAAUAUUCUGAUGAAGGGUGGCAAGCAGCUAGUUUGAGAGGGCGAUCUGCAAAUGUAAGGAAGAAAAGCAGUCGCAGGAAGCCAGCUCUCACGAAAUUAAUGGUUGAUCGCUUCGAAGAUGGUCAUACAGGUUCUGUUUAUAGGAGUGGUUUCAAGCCGCAAACAAAGGGAGACAAAGAAGAUGCUACAAGUGCUCCUAACCAACUCUCCUUUGGUAGCUUUUUAAAAACCGACAAGUUGAAUGGGGAUACCAACAUUGUUGAAGAGAAGUCUUGCAAUACUACGGCUAAACCAGAACAGCAUGCAAAACCCACAGGAAUUAACAGGCUAACUAGCAUUGCUUCCAAGUUUGUAUCAUACAAAGAUGUGGCUGUUUCGCCCCCUGGCACGGUAUUGAAGCCAAUUUUGGAGAAGAAGGAAGAAAAGGAGGAAGAUAACAAAAAUGAUGCUGAUCUAACACUGUCGUCCGAGGAAGAGGACAGAAAAUUUACAGAAGAGAAGGAAAAGGCAAAUGACGAUAGCAGCAAAGAUGUUCUUUCAAGUCAGCCAGAUGGAAUUGAUCACCAAGAAACACCUCCUGACAGCAACAGCGAUGAUAGCCCCUCAGAACUUAAGAAAGCAUCUGGAAGCAAACUGUCUGCUUCAGCACCUCCAUUCAACCCGGGAUCACUUUUAUCAAUGUCACACCCAUACAGCACAGUGGCAAUAUAUGAUGCUAGUGCUGUCCUUCAGGCAAUACCAAGCCAAGCAAUGGAGAUUCUCCCUCAUGCCAUUGAUACUAGAGUGCCUCGUGGUCCACGGUCCACCUUGUACUAUCGUACUGGGCAUUCUUUCCAAAGGAAACAAGGUUACACACACAGCCAGAGCACUGUUGUAAGAGGUAGCUACUCCCCCACGACCAUGAAUCCCCAUGCUGCUGAGUUUGUGCCUGGAAAAGCUGUUCAACAAUCUAAUGUGGCUGACAGCGAACCCGGUCCUGCUAAUCCUGUGACUGAUUCUGACCAGGAUGUGGUUUCACAGAUCACAGAUGAAGUAAAGGCUGAAACGUCCACCACAGAAAAGGCAAGUCAAGUUGAGAAAGUUGUUUCAGGUAAAGGAAAGGAAAACAGAGGGAAAGACGUCGUAAGAAACUCGUACAAAACAGAACUUGCAAGGCAAAUUUUGCUCAGUUUCAUUGUGAAGUCGGUGCAUGAUAGUUUAGGUUCCACUGCUGCUGUACCAGACAGAAAACCCAGUGGUUCAGAUGAAGCCAGUAAUGAACAGAGCAGCAACAUAAGCAAGAACGCAUCUGGUCGGCAAGAUUCUGAUAAACAACAGAAAGCCAUGGAGGUGCCUAAAGGUCUUAAGGAUACAGAGGGAUUUACAGUGGUUUUAAAACGUCGAAGGAGGCCACAGCCAUUCAUGAACCCCAUAAAUGGUCUCUAUUCUCAGCAGUCUAUUUGCACUUCUGUCAAUUAAGGUGUCUUUGCUUAGACGGGUAGCAGAAUUUUGCCCUAUCCAAGUGAGCGAGCAUGUAGUCAAACUGUACAAAAAAAUUCCGGAAUACCCUUGGUAAUAAAUCCAUUGUAAUUCGGGGUAGCUGUAGAGCUGAAUAAAAUAUCGCCUCUGUAUGUUAUAUAUGACAGAAUCAUAGGAUAUAGCAGAUAUUAAGUUCAUCCAAUAUUCCAGUACAGGUUCGCCUUUUGUUUAUGCA